AUGUUCAUUCUUAAACAUUCACCACACGUCUUUGCCCAUUUAACAAUCAUUGCUCGUAAUCCUCAUCAAGAGCUUUAUGAGUAUCUACGCGAUAAGCUUGAUGGAUUUAUCACUUUCGCUGAUCCUAACUCACCUCCAAGUGUCGAUCAGCACCGAUAA